AUGAAAGGAGGAGUCUAUUAUAAUAAUUCAGUUUUUCUAUUUGGUGGAAACAGUUCAGGUGCCGAUAUGGAUUUAGCAAUGAAAUUUAAUUUAAAUCAAAACAGAUGAGUUAAAAUCCCAAAGCUUAUUUCUCCCUCUGACAGCUGCUCUUAUGCGCUUUUUAAAGACUCUAUAUUUAUAUGUGGGUUAAAUCAUACCAAACUAUAUAAAUAUGAUUUGAAUAUUGAUAGCUACUCAGGGAUAGAUAUCGCAGGAGUAGGAAGACAAAUAAAGAAAACCUUGGUGUAUGCUGAUUCAAAUCUGUAUAUGAUUGACUAUAAUGUUCAUUGGUCCCUUUCUGGAUGUAUUGAUUGGGCAAAGAAUACUUGGGCCCAUUAUGGAUACCUUCUUCUUCCUUUUUUUGAAUACAGUUUUGUUAAGUUUAGUAAAGGGUCUAUUUUUUUGUGGCUAACAAAUAAAAGCUACAGAACUUGCUAUGCAUUUAAUAUAGAAAAGAGGAAAUUAGAAGAAUUUUCUAAAAUUGAAUAUUUAUAG